GAUACCUCUCCUAUGCCUAAGUUAGCAAAAUAGACAAAUAGACAAAAACUCUGUGUAUUCGAGAAUCAAAAUUGUAUUACCUCUACACAGGUGAUGUUGUGAGCUUUUAUAGGUUCCACAUAGCACAAUCUUAGUAGAACUCUUAUUCUUUCAUGUAGAAUCCUCCUAGAAAUCACAUUCUUGAAAGAUAAUGAUUAUCCUUACACACCCCCCUCAAUGCAUAAACCAAGUGAGAUGGUUCUAGCUCGGUGGUAUGACCAAACGACCGAGCUAGUACUACCACGCUCAAGUGGCAGGUUAGACCGAGCUCUGCCUAGCUCGGGUCUUUCUUUCACCGCUUGUACUUCGGUUGGGCAUACUCCAACCGAGCUAUUUACUUCAGACUGAUCGAACCAUGCCUAGUGACGGCCUUAGCUCGGCGCUACUAUGCGCGAUGCUUAGCUCGGUCCAACUUCGCCUGGGUCCAACUCGUUAGCUCAAAGACCGGGCUAUGUCAUCCCUUUACCCCGGCCCGUUUAUGCGGCCCAACUUACAAAAAGGCCUUUAGCUCGGCCCAAUUAUAAAUUACCCUCCCAAUUGCCCCUUAAUUCUAUCUGCGUAGCAUGAUUGGGAUUACUCUUCUACCUGCCCAGCUAAAAAGUGGCCUUCAACCGAACUAAAUUCACACCGGGCUACAAAUCUGUCCGGUCAAAACGUCUUUUCAAUUGCUGUAACUGAAUCGCUUUCUAUUCCAUGGACACGUGGCAGGCCCCUAUUGGUUGAGUACAGCUGUCGACGCCGACUUCGUAUCUCGCGAAUUUUGAACAGUCCUGCCUUUUUCACUCUCUUUACACAAAACAAAACCCUAUUCUUCAAACAAAACAUAUCGCUAUUCAUCAUCUCUCUCUCUUCUGCUUGAGCCUCCAUUUUUGUAACCUCAGUACCUGCGAAGCUUGCGUUCUCAUCACCAUCUACGUGGUUUCAAAUCUGCAUCAUUCCGUUUUCAAUCCGUAAGUAGCUCAAUCCUCUAUUUCUUUCCAUUCAUUUUGCAUUUGUAUUGUAAUACAUAGGAUAAUAUAUAUGUUUCUCAAAACACUUUGUAGUCUUCAUGGAAAAUGACCACUUUAUUCCAAGAACCAUGUAAUAGAUCCACUGGAUUCAUAACCAAUCUGAAAAAUGACGCUUUUGAUCCAAAAUAACACUUCAACCGAACUAGGAACCUGUUUGUACUUAAGGUGUGCACCCAGUCGAACUAGAUUAAGUUUCAAUAGGUCUAAGGACUUUCUGUUUCACUUAGCCGAGCUAGGGAACUGCAUUAGGUGGGCGCACUACCGAACAAGGAAGCCUUAGAUAAUGACCGGGCUAACACUUGGGACCAAACCAGCUCUCUGACUUAAUUAAAACCGAACCAAGAAUGCUGUACCCUAGGCUUUUACCGGGCUACGUACCUUUCUUUCCACUUAACCAAGCUAAAGUCCUCCGCUCCAACCGGGCUAAAAACAGAUAGUAUCCCACGUAGCCGAGCUAAGAUUCCAUUUAUUUUGCCUUUGUUACUUUUAGCACGGCCCAACGAUCUGUGCUUAACACUUUUCCUCUUCACUUUGCAGACUGACUUAGGUUGGCCAGGCACACCAUUGCAUGCUCAACCGAGAUACCGAAGGUCAUCUCAAAUGCCAAGCUAAAUUAUACAUAAUUUGAGGCCACAUGGGGAAGUAUCGAUUUUUAGUGAACUCUCCAGGGGCCAUAGCCGAGUUCCGAAAGGAUUACCAAAUUCCAGAUGACGUCCACCUCUCACUAGCCAAACUAGACACCAUUCCCUGGGGAAAAUCGGGCUUCGUCCCUUUCAACGUCAUUUCCAUUAUAGAGGCUGGCCUUCGUUUUCCUGUUCAGCCUCUGCUUUGUGAAUUCUUUCGACAAACAAGACUUUGCCCAACCCAGCUCAGUGCCAAUUCGUACAGAAUAAUAAAUGGCAUCACCGAGCUAAACCGUCGGCUUGGCCUUAAUCUCAGUUUAGCGGAGUUAUUCCACCAAUAUUCAUUAGGCCAAAACGAAGAUGGCUGGAUAUAUUAUUUAAGAAUAAGACGUCGCCGAGAGAAAAUAAUAAAGAAGACACCAGACAAAGACGUAAAUGAUGAUGACUUUUUCUGGGUCUCAGGCAAUUUCGAAGAUUAGGAAGCCCAGAUCCCGGGCGACCAAAUUAACCGGAAUAAAGGAGUAGCCGACUUGAACCAUCUGAAGUCGCAGUACAAUUAUCAUAUUCUCGACGCACUCCGUGCCGCGCUUCGAUAUCGUGAUAGAAAUUGGGCCGAUCUACUCAAUUUCGAAUCGACAUACAGAUACAGCAGCAAGAGGAAGACUAGGGUGAUAGAUUUCCUUCUAGAGCCAUCACCAGAACCCAAUCCAACCCUUCUACAAAUCAACCUCAUUCCAUUAACAGAAGAGCAAGAAAUGGCCAAAAAGAGGGCAGUCAGAGCACUUAUUACCGAAACAAACCAACCCAAGGUACCACAGGCCGGCCAAACACAAGAGGCCGUGGUAGCGCUUCCAACUGCCCAGCCUUCAUCAUCUUGGCCAAGCAAGCGCGCUCGGACUUCCACAACCGAGCCACGCCUUGUUGACGAGGAUGAAACCGUGUUUCCGCAAAUCACUUCGCCCAGCCCAGAGCCUGAACGUUCCGACCGGGAUAAAUCUUCUGAUUGGGCCCCAAAACUCACUUUUAAGAAUCGAGCUAUUCAAAACACAGAUUCGGUUGUAGCAGACAAAGAUCAUACACUUGCCUUUAACCUGGCCAAGAGUGUGUGCUUGCCCCAUGACAUGGAACAUCAUGACCAUUUGACUGAGCUAAAGGCCAUCCGGUCAGCGACGAAGUCAAUGGUGCUGGCUAUGCAGAAAAACCACAUUGCGCAUAAGCAUGUGCUAGAACUGUGCAAGACGACAUGGCUGGCCGUAGCUGAGGUUGAUAGCAAAACGGUCGAGCUAAAUAAGGCUAAGCAAAAAAUGGCGGAGCUGCAAUCAGAAGUCGCCCGACUCACCGGGCUAGUAGACACAACGGAGGCGGACAAACAAAAAUUAUUAACCGAGCUGAAGGACCGUUAUCUGCGCGAGCUUGCUAAAGUCGAGAAUAAGAAGAAUGCCAAGAUAACGGAGCUUGAGAAAAAGAUGGAGGAGGCAGAAGAUCGCGGUUACAAAGAAAGUGAAGCCACCUAUAUCCUGCGGUGCGAAGCUGCUAAGGAUAUAUUUUUCAAAUGUGGGUGGAAAGCAGCCGUGGCGCAGCUCGGUCAUGGCCUAGAGACCGAAGUCUUCCUCAACCCUCCUCUGUAUUUCAUACCGAGCUACAUGGCGGAGUAUGCCUACGCCAUUCAACAAAAAUUUCUUCAAGGUGAGGAAGAAGAAGCAACUCCAAAGCCCAGCAUUAUUCCUGCCGCUAUCACUGAUCCCGGUCUUCCAGUUGUCCAGUUAGCUCGGGUGGGACCACCGGUGCCCAUUGCGGCUGACGACGUGGUGGAGACCGACCUACUAGCCGAUGCCGGGCUACCAAUUGGUGAGGCUCGGGUUGACUUGGAUGUUGAUUUAGAUGACCUCUUUGCUUGACCAUGUACUUUCUUCUUUUUAGAUGCUUAACUGUAAGAAAUUUGUAACCGGGCUGAGGCUCCACUUUAUGUACCUUUGACUUGAAUUUGGAAUGAAAUCUUCAAUUUCUACAUCUUUUUGCUCGGUUUAUUUCAUACCUGUACUUAUUUUUCAACUACAAUUUGUAUGAAGUUUAGCUUUCUAUGGCCGUGGUACUUAUCUCGGUCUUGGAGUCUUGUAUUUUGUUCGGUCAUUCCUGCCAAUUCUCUUCAUCCUAGACCCUUAUCUCGGGUGAAGAGUACCUAAAGUUGGUUAUUCCAGUCAACCACUCUUUAGCCUAGAUCAUUAUCUCGGCUGAAAGAGUACUCAAAGUUGGUUAUUCCAGCCAACCACUCUUCAGCCUAAAUCC